UGCAGAGCCCACGUGUUCGUGGAGCAUGGCGGAGAUGGGGAGUCCGGACGCUUCGGAGCCCGCGUCUCCCCGAGCGGAGGCGAAAACCGGCGGCGGGCCUGCCGACCGGCACGGCCUGCUGAAACACAGCCGCGAGUUCUUGGACUUCUUCUGGGACAUUGCGAAGCCACAGCAGGAGACGCGACUUGAGGCGACGGAGAAGCUGCUGGAGUAUCUGCGCACCAAGCCGAAGGGAUCCGAGAUGAAGUACGCCCUGACGCGCCUGAUCACUGGGCUGGGGGUCGGGCGAGAAACUGCCCGGCCCUGCUACAGUCUGGCCCUGGCACAGCUUUUACAGUCUUUCGAAGAUAUCCCUCUAGGCAGCACCUUGGAGCAGAUACAGGAGAAAUACGAUGUGCAGAAGGUGAAGAAGGCGAUGAUAAGACCUGCUCUCUUUGCAAACCUGUUCGGGGUGCUAGCCCUCUUCCAGUCAGGCAGGCUGGUGAAGGACCAGGAGGCGCUGAUGAAGUCAGUGAGACUGCUGCAAGCCCUGGCCCAGCACACCAACCACCUGCAGGAGCAACCCCAGAAGGCCCUGGUGGACAUCCUCUCUGAGGUCCCAGAAGCCACAUUGCAGAAGAUCCUGCCAAAUGUCCUUAAGGCCGACUUGGAUUCGGUGCUUGGCUCCCCCGAGCAUCUGGAGCUCUUCCUCUUGGCCAAGCGGAAGGUGCCCGCAAAGCUGGAAAAACUGAUGGGCUCAGUCAACCUGUUCUCGCAGGAGAACAUCCCCAGACUGGUGAAUGUGCUGAAGAUGGCUGCCACCUAUGUGAAGAAGGAGCACAAGUUGCCCGCCUUGGCUCUGGACCUGCUCCGCCUGGCACUUCAGGAGGACAAGUUCCCACGGUUCUGGAAGGAAGUAGUGGAACAAGGGCUACUGAAGAAACAGCACUGGCCAACCAGCUUCAUGUGUUUCCGCCUGCUGGGCGCCGCCAUGCCCCUGCUGUCCAAGGAGCAGCUGCAGCUGAUUUUGCGGGGAGAUGUCAUCCGACUUUUUGGGGAGCACAUGGUCACUAGUAAGUUGCCAAACCAGUCCAAGUUUGGUGCAGAGAUGAAUGAGUACGUGAGUGCCUUCCUGCAAGGCUGUCCCGAUGACCCCGAGCGCCAGUUGGCCACAGUGGUGGCAUUUACGUCCGUCACCAACCAGGGCCUCCCUGUCAUGCCCACCUACUGGCGGGUGGUGCAGUUCUUGAGUGCCCCUGCUCUCAGGGGCUAUGCGACUUGGCUGCGGGACAUGUUUCUCCGACCCGACUUGGACUCCUUGGUGGACUUCAGCACCAACAAUCAGAAGAAGAACCAGGACGCUUCCCUCUACAGCCCUACGCGAGCGGUGUUCCGGCUACGGAAGUGGAUCAUCUUUCGCCUGGUCAGCAUGGUGGACAAUUUGCACUUGGAGAAGGAAGAGGCCUUGAUUGAGGAGGUGGCCAGGUUUUGCUUUUUCUACUCUUUCUUCGAAACAAAGAAGCCCGUGUCCCAGAUCCCAGAGACCGAACAUGAGUUCUCCUUCCCUUUGGAGAGCCAGACCCGGCAGGUGGUCAGCAAUGCCUUCUUCAGCCUGCUGCAGACCCUUAGCACACAGUUCAGGCAGACAGCAGACCAGACCCAGGACAGGCGGCCCUGGACGCACCGCCUGGUACAGUUUGCAGACAUGCUGUUGAACCACAGCCGCAAUGUGACCGCCCUGACGCCUUUCACUAAGCCACAGCGCCAAGCCUGGGACCGGAUGCUACAGACUCUUAAGGAACUAGAGGCCCGCUCCUCAGAGGCCAAGGCCAAGGCCACUGCCUUCCAGCACCUACUACUCCUGGUGGGCAUCCACCUCUUCAAGUCCCCUGAGGAAAGCUGUGACCUCCUCAGUGACAUCCAGACCUGCAUCAAGAAGAGCCUGGGGGAGAACGCCCGCCAGACCCGCUCCAAGGCCACCAAUGCCCAGGAGCCACCAUGGGUGGAGGUGAUGGUGGAGAUCCUGCUGGCCCUCCUGGCCCAGCCCAGCCACCUGAUUCGCCAGGUGGCCCGGACCGUGUUCACCCACAUUUGCUCCCAGCUGACUCCACGUGGCCUGCAGCUAAUCCUAGAUGUGCUAAACCCUGAGAAGAGCCAGGGAGAGGACGAAGAUGACAACGUGGUGGUCACAGAUGACUCCAAGCAACUGCAGGAUGUGGAGGACCAGAGCGAGGACGACAAGGAUGAAAACUCGGAAAGUGGAAAGGACAGUGACGAGGACAGUGACGAGGAGGACCUGGACGGGGACGUGGACCAGGGCUUCCGGGAGCAGCUGAUGGCGGUGCUGCAGUCGGGAAAGGCGCUGGGAGGAGUGGACAGUGAGGAGGAGGAGGAGGAGCUGGGCGAUGAGGCUAUGAUGGCCCUGGACCAGAGCCUCUCCAGCCUCUUUGCCGAGCAGAAACUGCGCAUCCAGGCCCGGAAGGAUGAGAAGAACAAGCUGCAGAAAGAGAAGAUGCUCCGGCGGGACUUCCAGAUCAGGGUCCUGGACCUGAUUGAGGUGCUAGUGAACAAGCAGCCGGAGAACCCCCUGGUCCUGGAACUAAUCGAGCCACUGCUGAACAUUAUCCGGCGCAGCAUGCGCACCAGCAGCACCAAGCAGGAGCAGGACCUUCUGCACAAGACAGCCCGGAUCUUCACGCACAACCUGUGCCGCUCCCGGCAUUACUGCCACGACAUGAGCAACCAGGACGUGCUGUACCCCCAGGUGGAGCGGCUGGUGCAGCAGGCCGGCCACCAGGCUGACUCCUCCAUCUCCCUCUACUACUUCAAUGCCUCGCUCUACCUGCUGCGGGUCUUGAAGGGCAGCACCAUCCGCAAGACCCAGAAGAAGGAGAAAGCCGGCACUGACACCAGCUCCAAGCCCCCGGGUGGAGAGACUGGCAGUGGCUUGGAUUUGAGCCUCGUGACCCCAAUCUACUCAUCAGCACUGAGCUCCUUCCUGACCAAGCGCAACAGUCCUCUCACCAUUCCCAUGUUCCUCAGCCUAUUCUCCCGGCACCCGAUACUCUGUAAGAGCCUACUCCCCGUCGUGAUCCAGCGUGUGACAGGUUCAGCCCAGCCCCGCAAUCAGGCCCAGGCCUGCCAGCUGCUCCAGAAGACCCUGCCCAUGAAGGAGCUAAGACUGUGUUUUGAAGACCCCAAGUGGGAGCAGCUGAUUGGUCAGAUCCUGGUGAAGGUCACUGAGAACCUGCGGAUGCUCGGGAAUGCACAGAGCAAGUCGGAGCUCCAGAAGGAGCUGUCCUCCCUGGAGCUGCUCAACACUCUCCUCAAGACUGUUAAUCACGAGAAGCUGAGCACAGACCUGACUGCCAUCCUGGGUGUGCUGCAGAGCCAGCAGGCAGCCCUGCAGCAGAAGGAGCGCUCCACCGGCUCUAGCCGCCUCUGCGACCUCUACUGGCAGGCCAUGAAGACCCUGGGAGUGCAGCGCCCCAAGUCAGAGAAGAAAGAUGCCAAGGAAGUCCCCAGUGUCACCCAGAGCCUUGUUAGCAUGAAGCGGAAGAAAAAGGGAUUCUUGCCAGAGACCAAGAAGCGUAAGAAACGAAAGUCAGAAGGUGCUGUGCAAGAGGAAGGGACCGUUGAAGGUGAGGGUGCCAAGCCUGCAGCCACUGGUGGGGACCAACCCCCCAGCACAGGCAAGAAGAAAAGGAAGAGGAACAGGAUGAAGGCCAAGGUCUCAGGCCAGCCCCAGGUGAAUGGAACAUCUGCUGCCAAGAGUCCAGCCCCAACCUCCACCACCUUGAACCCCAGCACCCCCGCCAAGACUCCAAAGCUGCAGAAGAAGAAACAGAAGCUAUCCCUGGUGAAUGGGGCCACUCCAGUGUCCCCCAUAGAGCCUGCUGGCAAAAAGCAGCUUCAGAAGGAUCUGCUGCCCCAAAAGGAGGUCUCUGGCAAGUCACCACAGUCCUCACUGCCACGGAAAAAAGCAAGAUUGUCUUUGGCCAACAGGAGCCCCAGUCUCCUUCAGGUUGGGGCCAAGAAGAAAGUGCAGCUGAGGAAGGGGAAGAAGUCCUGAAUGUGGGCCCUGCCCCUCAGCCCCUCCCCCAUCAGCCCUAGAGAACCUAUUUUUUCACCAUGAUUUUAAUAAACGAGCCACUCUGCGCUGCACCUUCUGGCACUGGAGGGAGCAGGUCUGCUACCAGCCUGCGGAACGGCCUGCUGCAGUGAGCAGUGCCUGAGCCCUUCUCUGUGUUCCCAGAGCAGAGACCCCUGGCCCGGGGCUGGGCCUCCCUGUGCUCUGGCUGGCCUGUUCUCAGCACAGAACCACUUAACCUGUAUGGGGUGAGGGCCUCGGCUCCCAGGCAGUGUGGGCCAGGGCCCAGUGUCCGGCAGGUUGGUGCAGGUGGACGCAGGCCAGUGCAGAGCACACCACCCAUGCUCAUUCCUCACGACCCCGCCCCCAGACCACUUUGCUGCAGGAGCCAUAAGGGCAAGAUUUAAAUAGGUUUAUUUCAUUUACAAGAGGAAUAUAUUUGGCUUCUCUCUUAAGACUCUGAGAUUCACAAUCAGCAGCUCUAAAAAAUAAAGGAGCAGUUUGGCUUCCGGAAGGAAGAGGAGGCAACACUUGGACCUGGUUCUUGUACAACAAGAAAACAUUGCUGGGGCCCCAGUUGAGGCUGGGGUGGGAGUGGAGGCCACGAGGGUCUUAGGGGAGCCCACCCCUUUGUUAGGCCACCCAGGGUGCCCCAGCGCUUGUUGGGGAGUAGGCAUUCCACUAGCUUACACGCCACUGAAGCCACGUCAGCCAGUAACUACGGCAGGGAGCACUGUCCAAGCUGGCUCUUAGGGUCCCCUACUGGCCACAGAGCCCCCGGACCAGAACCACCUUGAUUCCAGCAAAUGCAGAGAGGGUGUGUAUGGAGCAGGGGAUACGGUAUGCUCCACCAAGGGGCCGGGAGGAGUUGGAAGCUGCACUCUGGUGUGGCAAUGAGGACGGAGCGGUGUGGAAAUGCGCGUGAGAGCAAUAGCAGCCAUUGUUGCGUGGAGGGAGCUCUGGUGUGUUGGCCUCUCCCAGAGGGCCUCAUCCUCCACCAGACUAUUCCCCGGGACAGGAAGCUCAGUAGAUGACUGCUUCCUCUGGCAGCCUGAGCCCUGGCUAUAGCUCUGUGGAUUCUGGGAAUAGUCCCCUGGGCCCUGCCCCUGGAAAAGGCCCAGCCUAGGGGCAGCAGUGGCUUCCUGACUUCUUGGGGGGAUGUCAGGGAGGAGAUGGUGAGCAGAGGGGUUCCAAGGGCCCUGUAGAUCUUAAGCCUGAGGGCACGGGUGGUAUGUAUAUAGCUGCCACCAGGGCCUUCACCCCUGGUGAUUCCAACUCCCUUUCUGUGGGGGUGGUCCCCACCUGGGAGACCUCCAGGCUGAGAGCCAGCCCAAGGCAGCGGAGACAAGUGUCUUCUGAGUGGUCGUCCAGGGACUGGGUUCCAAGCUCUGCCAGGUCGAGUCCAGCAUCCCCAAGGUUGGAGACCCAUCUGACAGGCUGUGGUGCCCACACACCAGCCUUUCAGGGAUCCUCAGAACCUGAAGUGCCGCCCGGAGACCUGAGCCACCCCUUUUCUGUGCAGUCUGGGAGCUGUUGGGUCUUCAAAGCUGCAGAUGAUUUCUUGCCCAGCAACCUGCGCGGGCGAGUCCAGCCCCCUGGCCACAAGGUCUGGGGAGGGCAGGGUCUGGCCCAGGACCGCAUAUGCCAGUGACAGGGCAGGGUCUCCUGAUACGCCAACUGGGGACUGUCUUCUCCUUGGGCCCCAGGGGUUCUGCAGCCCAAACUCAGGGCUAGGAGUCUGUCCAACCACAUGACUCCAGCGUCCACUGCCUUCCAGGUUGCUUGAGAUCACAGCCUCUUGGAGCCACGGCCACUCAGCUGUCCCAGACCAGAGAGGGUGGGUGCCCAGCCGAGGGUCACACAGAAAGCUAAGGGACCGUCCAGGAGGGCCGGCCUGCCGGAGGGCACCUCCCAGAUUAGGGAGGAGCAAGUGUUCUUCAUUGUCCCUGCAGCACCUAGAGGGAGGGGGUCAGAGGUCAAAGAUGGGGCUUUGGGAAGGGCAUUUCAAAGUGCUCCAUUUUCCUUGUUUGAAGUUCCAAGGGCAUGAAAUGGGUUUGGGUCUACUGGAGCCAGGGAGGGGUGG